AUGCCUAUAAGGUGUCAGGAUGUCACUGUCUAUGUCUCCGUGCAGGAGGCAGAGUAUAUAGAGAAACACACGGGUCUGUACAAGGAUGUGAUGAUGGAGAAUCACCGGCCCCUCACAUCACUGGAUGGGUCCAGUAACAGAGAUACCCCAGAGAGAUGUCCCCGUCCUCUGUAUUCCCAGGAUUGUACAGAGGAGAAUCACAGGAUCCCACAGGAGGAUCAGGUAGAACGUCUGUCUGAUAUUAAAACAGAAGAUACAGGGGGAGAAGAAGAGACGUAUGUGACUGAUAUAAAGGCAGAAGAUAUAGAGGGAGAAGAAGAGAUGUAUGUGACUGAUAUAAAUGCUGAAGAUAUAGAGGAAGAAGAAGAGACGUAUGUGACUGAUAUGAAGGCAGAAGAUAUAGAGGGAGAAGAAGAGACGUAUGUGACUGAUAUAAAGACAGAAGAUUUAGAAGGAGAAAAAGAGACGAAUGUGACUGAUAUAAAGGCAAAAGAUACAGCAGGAGAAGAAGAGACGUAUGUGACUGAUAUAAAGGCAAAAGAUACAGCAGGAGAAGAAGAGACGUAUGUGACUGAUAUAAAGGCAGAAGAUAUAGAAGGAGAAGAAGAGACGUAUGUGACUGAUAUAAAGGCAGAAGAUAUAGAGGGAGAAGAAGUGACGCAUGUGACUGAUAUAAAGGCAGAAGAUACAGAGGGAGAAGAAGAGACGUAUGUGACUGAAAUAAAGGCAGAAGAUAUAGAGGGAGAAGAAGAGACGUAUGUGACUGAUAUAAAGGCAGAAGAUAUAGAGGGAGAAGAAAAGACGUAUGUGACUGAUAUGAAGGCAGAAGAUACAGAGGGAGAAAAAGAGACAUAUGUGACUGAUAUAAAGGCAGAAGAUAUAGAGGGAGAAGAAGAGACGUAUGUGACUGAUAUAAAGGCAGAAGAUAUAGAGGGAGAAGAAGAGAUGUAUGUGACUGAUAUAAAGACAGAAGAUAUAGAGGAAGAAGAAGAGACGUAUGUGACUGAUAUAAAGGCAGAAGAUAUAGAGGGAGAAGAAGAGAUGUAUGUGACUGAUAUAAAGGCAGAAGAUAUAGAGGAAGAAGAAGAGACGUAUGUGACUGAUAUAAAGGCAGAAGAUAUAGAGGGAGAAGAAGAGACGUAUGUGACUGAUAUAAAGGCAGAAGAUAUAGAGGGAGAAGAAGAGACGUAUGUGACUGAUAUAAAGGCAGAAGAUAUAGAGGAAGAAGAAGAGACGUAUGUGACUGAUAUAAAGGCAGAAGAUAUAGAGGGAGAAGAAGAGACGUAUGUGAGGGGUGAUCAGCAGUGUAAGGAGGAGGAGAUCCCUACAGAUAUCAGCACAGCAGAUGGACACACAAGCAGGAAUAUCUCAGAAGGACAUCUUAUGUUAUCCCCGGAUUGUGACAUAAAAGAUAAUGACAGUAGACAGGAUUCUCCUGGAGCUAACCCCAUUACCCCAAUUAUACAUCCAGCUCUAUCAGCUGGUCCCCCUGAUCCUGGGGAAUGUUCUCCUGAUCACUCUGAUAUUGGUGCAUCUGUUACAGCUCUGACAGUAGAUACAGUGUUUCCGUGUUCUAUAGAUGCCAAAUGUUUUACACAGAACACAAACCUUAUUACCCAUCAGACAGGUAAGGCAGGUGAGAGGCCACUGAUAUGUUCAGAGUGUGUGAAAUGUUUUACAUGCAAAUCAGAUCUUAUUAGACAUCAGAGAAGUCACACAGCUGAGAGGCCAUUUCUAUGUUCUGAUUGUGGGAAAUGUUUUGCACACAAAUCAUAUAUUGUUAUACAUCAGAGAAGUCACACAGGUGAGAAGCCAUUUUCAUGUUCUGAGUGUGGGAAAUGUUUUGCACACAAAUCAGAUCUUGUUAAACAUCAGAGAAGUCACACAGGUGAGAAGCCAUUUCCAUGUUCUGAGUGUGGGAAAUGUUUUGCACACAAAUCAGAUCUUGUGAUACAUCAGCGAAGUCACACAGGUGAGAAGCCAUUUCCAUGUUCUGAGUGUGGAAAAUGUUUUGCACACAAAUCAGAUCUUGUUAUACAUCAGAGAAGUCAUACAGGUGAGAAGCCAUUUCCAUGUUCUGAGUGUGGGAAAUGUUUUGCAAACAAAUUACAUCUUGUUAGACAUAAUAGAAUUCACACAGGUGAGAGGCCAUUUUCUUGCUCUGAGUGUGGGAAAUGCUUUAUCCAGAAAUCACAUCUUGUUAUACAUCAAAGAAGUCACACAGGUGAAAAUCCAUUUCCGUGUUCUGAGUGUUGGAAAUGUUUUACACACAAAUCAGAUCUUGUUAUACAUCAAAGAAGUCACACAGGUGAGAGGCCAUUUUCUUGUUCUGAGUGUGGGAAAUGUUUUAUCCAGAAAUCACAUCUUGUUAUACAUCAAAGAAGUCACACAGGUGAGAAUCUAUUUCCAUGUUCUGAGUGUGGGAAAUGUUUCGCACACAAAUCAGGUCUUGUUACACAUCAGAGAAGUCACACAGGUGAGAAGCCAUUUCCAUGUUCUGAGUGUGGGAAAUGUUGUUUAAGUAAAUCACAUCUUGUUAUACAUUAUAGAAGUCACACAGGUGAGAAGCCAUUUCCAUGUUCUGAGUGUGAGAAAUGUUUUGCACACAAAUCAGAUCUUGUUAAACAUCAGAGAAGUCACACAGGUGAGAGGCCAUUUCCAUGUUAUGAGUGUGGGAAAUGUUUUACAUACAAAUCACAUCUUGUUAUACAUCAGAAAACUCACACAGGUGAGAAACCAUUUCCAUGUUCUGAGUGUGGGAAAGGUUUUACAAACAAAUCGCAUCUUGUUAGACAUCAGAGAAGUCACACAGGUGAGAAGCCAUUUCCAUGUUCUGAGUGUGGGAAAUGUUUUGCACACAAAUCACAUCUUGUUAUACAUCAGAGAAGUCACACAGGUGAGAAGCCAUUUUCUUGCUAUGAGUGUGGGAAAUGUUUUACAUGGAAAUCACAACUUGUUACACAUCAGCGAAGUCACAAGUGAGAAGCCAUUUCCAUGUUUUGCGUGUAAGAAAUGUAUUGCACACAAAUCAGAUCUCAUUAAACAUGAGAGCAGUCACACAGGUGAGAAGCCGUUUUCUUGCUAUGAGUGCGGGAAAUGUUUUACACAAAUCACAUCUUGUUACACAUCGGAGAAGUCACACAGGUGAGAAUCCAUUUCCAUGUUCUGAGAUUGGGAAAUGUUUUGCACACAAAUCAGUUCUCAGACAUAACAGAAGUCGCACAGGUGAGAAGCCAUUUUCUUGCUCUGAGUGUGAAAUGUUUUACACAGAAAUCACAACUUGUUACACUUCAGCGAAGUCACACAGGUGAGAAGCCAUUUCUAUACUCUGAAAAAUAAAUCAGCACAAUAGACAUCUUUCAGGUGAGGAACCAUUAUAAUCUUCUGGAGUAUACUCAUUAUUGCCAUGCAUUGUUCUUCAAGGUUCUUAUCCUAUAUCCUAUGCUUUUUGCAAUAUACAUGCUACUGCCAGGUGAAAUAAUCAGAUGGCAUGCCCUCAUCUAUCACUGCUAUGCAGAUUACCUGCCCCGUUACUUCCAUCUGCAGAUGAAGGACUGUUACCAGCAGUACCAAGAAUCCCCAAGCAAUUCUGAGAUGUCAGGGGGAGACAGGGUUGGUGGCACUAGUGCUGUAGCGGGGGCUGCCGGAGGCACUGUCUGUGGGUAAAAUUGUCCCCAAGUAGUGCUGAGGUGGAAGAGGGGGUACACAGGGUGGCUGGCAGUAGUGGAGACGGUGGCAGUAGUGGGGAAGGACAAGGCGGUUAGCAGUAUUGGG